CCCAUCUCCAAGGAAAGUUGUUGUUGAGAUUGCAUAUCACCUCUCAACAAGCUUACAAACUCACUCCGCCCAUCAGUCGUCGGACGGACUUUCUGCUCGCCCACUAUGCGCAUCCUCGCGCAGGUCGAUCAUGACCGCCGGACGGCGCUCCAUACCCGUCUGCGGGCAAGUAACACCGCCGCUUCUCCCGCCCUCGCGCGUCUGCGGGACAGCGCAGACGACGAAGAAGUUCCGCUGCAUGUAUGGGCGCUGGGUGGCGAGGAAAGCGACACAGCCCCGGAUAUGCGCAACCUCCAGCUUGCCGAGACUGCGGCGCACGCUCCGUCCAAAGGUGGUCUCAUCGACCCCACUCAGGCGCCCCCCAAGCCUCCGGCCGCCCCAACCUCUAACCCCACGACCGUGCCAGAACUUCUCGGCCAGCAUGCGCCCGGCGCUGCUGCCCAGCCCACGCUGCCGCCUCUCGCUGGGGCUGACGACCUCCUCGGCGGGCUAGUGGGGCACACCUGGGCUCGAUGGCUACAUAUCACCUACCUCUUUGUUUUGCCGGCUGAGCGGGGUGCCGGCUUAGGACGAACUUUGCUCCAGCACGCGGAGCGACUUGCGCGCGACCGGGGCUGCGUAGCCGCCAUUGUACAGACGUGGGAUUUCCAGGCUCCCGAAUUCUACAUCGCCAACGGAUAUGAGGUUGCGGGCAAGGUGGAGGGAUAUCCGCCAGGUAUCACAGACUUCACGCUCGUCAAGCGUUUCAACGAUGGUGAAAAGGCGACUGUCCGCCUGGGCGUCACUGAUGUGUAAUGAAUAGAUUGAUCUCCACCCUCUGUAGCCAAGUACAACAUCACCGAAUCAUGCAGCGCAACAAUUGCAUCGUUUCACAUCGUAAGAGCGUUAACACUACCUAAC